AAUGUGCUUGCAGCUAGUGUAGGGCAGAGGCCAUACACCAGGACGCCCGUGUACCCGAGACAAUUGUCAACACCCACCGGUCAGAAUGUCGCCGGUCCCUGAACGGAGCCGCCGCGACAGCAAGACACUCACCGUCGGCUACGGCACCACCAGCGACCAACACCUGGAGCCAGUGAUCACAUUUGACGAGGUGCUGGAGAAGCUGGGGAUGGGGCGCUGGAACCUGCCUGUCAUUCUUGGCCUCAGCUUCUGGACGAUGAAUAUGUCUCCUCAUGUUCUCGGGGGAGUUUUCAUGGCCCCAAAUAUCGACGUGACCUGCCAAGUACCUGAAGGCGGGUUCCCUAAGGUCCUCCAGCAGGAAGGAACCAACCAGACCAGACUAUAUAGAUAUACUGUGCAUCACGAUUGGUUCGAGAACUGGCACUCAACAAUCCCCGAAUCGAGCAAUUUACAUAUGUGGUGGACCAGCUACAUAUUUACCUAUCCUGUCCCCCACGACCGCACCCAUCCCAUGGACGACCGUGGCAGCUUUACAGUCAGGUGCAUCCGCUUCCUACAGACCAGGAGAAUGCGGCGGACAACGUUGGGGAUGUACGGGUGUCACCUGGUGCUGGGACUGGCCUUUUACGGCAUCUCCCUCAGCGGCCAGACUCUGGGUGCAGACCUCUUCUCAUUCAUGGCGCUGGCUGGGGCCGCUGAGGUGCUCGCAAAGUUUCUCGCUGCUGUCUCUAUCGAACGCUUCGGACGCAAGAUCAUCAGCACCGUUAGUUUCUCCACAACAGGAGUUGCUAUGCUGGCCGCCGCUUUUGUUCCGGCAGAUUUGGUUUGGUUGGUGACUACCUUGUCACUGGCGGGCAAGUUGACCAUCAGCAUGUGUUACACUACCGUCUUCCUUAUGACCUCCGAGCUCUUCCCCACCGAGGUCCGAACCCGGGGCCUCGGCACCUCUACAGUCAUGGCUCAGAUUGGCUCCAUCAGCGCCGCCUACUUGGUCGACUACCUCGGUAAACUGGCAUCAUGGGCGCCGUCAGCAGUGUUUGGCGUGACGUCACUUCUAGCUGCCGGGAUAACACGCUCGUUUAGGGAGACUCGAGGAGCGGCACUCAUAGACACUGUGUCUGCACUCGAGACUCAAGUAUUCAAACCCCAUGCACUCGACGCCAGCGCACUCAAAACCCAUGCGGCCGACACCCAGGUCCAGACGGAGGAGUAAGGCCAGCAGGAGUGGUAGUGACGGGGACCUCCAGCACGCGCCGUAUCUUCAACAGGACACCAAAGAAUGACAAAGUAGUUUCGCCAAACACAAAAACGCUUUUACAUUUUGUUAACAACAUUGGCAAAAGGUUGUGUAAUAUGGUUUUGGUGGUCGUCUCAAGUUACAACAUUAUUACUAAACAAAAAGUUACAAAUACACAUAUAUGUAAUUUGUAUAAUAUAACAUAUAAUUAUAUAAUCACUUGUUGACCAGACCACACACUAGAAGGUGAAGGGACGACGACGUUUCGGUCCGUCCUGGACCAUGUUUCUAA